CAUCAUGUCUGGCUAUGGACCGGCACCACGAGCACCAGCAGUGGGCGCUGUGGCUCCGUACCCAGGUACUGUGCCACCUGGCUUCACAGCUCCUGGCACUAUGCCUGCACCUGGUAUGCCUUGUGGACUUCAAAUGGGCUCGUGGCCACCAGCCAUGCCUGGCGUGGCACAGAUGCCGCCGGCCAUGCCUGGUAUGACACCAGCCAUGCCCUCCAUGGUGCCAUCCGCGCCGAUGGCCCCGGCCAUGCCCAUGGGAACGGCCAUGCCUCCGGCCAUGCCGGGAACGGCCAUGCCGGGAACGGCCAUGCCUGGUAUGGCCAUGGGAGCCAUGCCGAUGGCAAGCACGCUGCUUCCAGGACACCUUCCAGGACACCUUCCACUCCAACCUGCACCCGCUUUGCCAACGAACGACAGCCAAGGUUGGGCUGCUGUGGCGGCAGCAUUGGGCCAACUUGCACCUGCAGCACCUGCUCCAGCACCUGCAGCACCUGCAGCUCCAGCCGCGACGGAUGCAGCAUUGCAAGCAGCGUUGACCAGUUUAGGUCUGGGAAAUAUCAAUCUGGGAGCUCUGAAUCUGGGAAAUUUGGAUCUGAGCUCCUUAAGUUCCAUUCCGGGCCUGGAGAGUCUGGCUGCGAUUCCUGGUUUGGAGUCGUUGUUUGGGCCGGCUGGGGCUCCGGCCGGUGUGGCCGGUGUGGCCCCGGGCAUUGUGCCGUCCAGAUCAAGGGGCAAGGGCAAAGCCAAGGGCAAGUCUUUCGGGAAAGGCAAACCGCUGACACAGGACUUACCAGUUCUGAAUUCUCAGGAGGUUCAGGAGCCUGGAGUCUUCGUGGCAGCAGCUUCUCAGAAGGAUGAAAGAAAGUGCAGGGCAUUGCUGGCCCACAAGGAUUUCAACCGAAUGGACGACAAGGACUCAGAACAACGAACGGCUGUACACAUUUGCAUCUUGAAAAAGAUGCCAGAGGAUAUUUGCCUCAAUAUUCUGAACAGAGAUGACUUCACCGAGGUCAAUGCAAUCGAUCAGUUUGGCUACACCAUCCUCUCGCUGGCGGCCUCCAAUGGCAUGGUUGCGGUGUGCAAGGCGAUCUUGGAUCACCCGGAGUUCACACAGGUGAAUUCCAAGGAUAAGUGGGGAGCCACUGCGUUGCACUGGGCAGCAGCUUCAAAUUUGGGCUCUGUUUGUAGCAGCAUCCUGGAGCACCCUGCGUUUGUGGAGGCGCACGUGGUGGCUUUCAGCUUCAAAUUUGAGAACCAGACAGCUUUGCAAGUUGCCGAGGAGAGAGGUUGCUCAGAUGCAGAGCAGGCCAUCAAGAAGGCUUUGAGCGUGCUCACUUCAGCAGAUUUGCAGCGUGCAGCGAAGCGUCUGAACGUGGAGCUACGGGAGAAUACGGCUGGGCCCUGGUACCAGAUUGAACUCUAUAGUGGAGAUCGGCAGUUGGGCAAAACCAGCGGCUGGGCGCAACCAUGGGGCAGCUUGCACUUGGAGACGAUUGAGGUGCGCAAGUUCACAGGCUAUUGGGUAGCCAAACCUGCAAAUGCAAGGCCAGGCGAAAGCCCGUCCCAGCCCGAGUCACAAGAGGCAGAAGCCGAGGAAAAGAAGCGCUACGCAGAUGUCGCAAAGGUUGCACGAUGGUUUGGCUUGCUGCUUUCGUGCGCUAUAGCCUGUUGGAACAGGGAGAGAUCUCCAUUCUAUUGCAAAGAGGCCUACCUCUUAGCCAUCAAGGAUGAAGAGAAGCAGCAUGACCGUCUCGUGCGCUACUACAAAGGCCUGGGCUUCAAGACCAUCAAAGAUCCUGAGACUUUGGAGUAUCAAGAUCAGGUGAUUUGGGGCGGCCAGGGCACGCUGAUGCGCACGGAUGAGGAGGACUUCAUGCGGAGGUGGACGCCUGUGGUACGAGAACUGGCUGGCCCUACAAGGAUGUCAGGUAGCGAGAAGCUGUGA